ACAAAUAACUCCUUCUCGUUUGAAUUCAUGUGUUGCGUAGUCUUCUUAAAUAAAUAAGACAUUGCUGAAAAGCACGGAAUAAUUAAAAACGUGAGCUUUAUCUUAGCUCGAGUUCCAAUCGGGGAAGGCCCAUUACUAGCGCCUGUGUGAAUUUCGACUGAAACUUGAUAUUGCCGGCAAUGUGCUACCAAAAUUAGACAUUUGUUGACUUUUUUUCCCGCCGUAAACAACCGAUAAGUACCCAGCGUGCAAUAUAACAACUCGAACGACUGUCUGGUUUAUAGUCAGGCAGAUAGUUGGUGUCAUCAGUGGUGAGCGGGGGGUCCUUCGUGUUGUGUGGAGGGGCUGUGAUGUGAGUUCCAAUUACAAAACCUGGUACGGAUUGUUUACAUUUCAGCUGGGGGUUUUUAUUGUAAAUAAAUAAACAUAUCAAUAAAACAUGGCCUCGACCCUGUUGUCGCCGGUGGUGGAUUAUUACAACGACGAGGAAGAGCUGGACAGCGUGGAUGAAGACGAUGAUCGGAGUUACAGAGGGAGAGACUCCGAAGAAGACACGGAGGAUGCCAGUGAAACCGACCUGGCCAAGCAGGAUGAAGAUGAUUAUGUUGAAAUUAAAGAGCAGAUGUACCAGGACAAGCUGGCGUCUCUGAAAAGGCAGCUGGCACAACUGCAAGAAGGCACACUGCAGGAGUAUCAGAAGCGAAUGAAGAAACUGGACCAGCAGUACAAGGAGAGGCUGAGGAAUGCAGAUCUUUUCUUGCAACUUGAGACGGAGCAGGUAGAGAGGAACUACAUCAAAGAAAAGAAAGCAGCGGUGAAAGAGUUUGAAGAUAAGAAGAUUGAACUGAAGGAGAACCUCAUUGCAGAGCUGGAGGAGAAGAAGAAGAUGAUCGAGAAUGAGAAGCUAACGAUGGAGCUGACGGGAGAUUCCAUGGAGGUAAAACCAAUUAUGACCCGGAAGCUGAGAAGGAGACCAAAUGAUCCAGUUCCCAUUCCAGAUAAAAGGCGGAAGCCUGCACCCGCUCAGCUGAACUACUUGCUAACAGAUGAACAGAUCAUGGAAGACCUGCGGACGCUGAACAAAUUAAAGUCACCUAAAAGGCCAGCGUCCCCCUCCUCGCCAGAGCAUUUACCCACCACUCCGACAGAGUCCCCGGCACAGCGCUAUGAAGCCCGGAUCGAAGAAGGAAAGCUGUACUAUGAUAAAAGAUGGUAUCACAAGAGCCAAGCCAUCUAUCUGGAGUCCAAGGAGAACACAAAGAUCAGCUGUGUGAUCAGCUCAGUGGGGACAAAUGAGAUUUGGGUGAGAAAGACGAGCGACAGCACUAAGAUGCGGAUUUAUCUGGGGCAGCUACAGAGAGGAGUGUACGUGAUCCGCCGGAGAUCUGCGGCUUAGAUUCCUUUCACCCGUCUCUUACUUUUUGGCUUUUCUUACUCUCGGACUAUUUCUAGGACUACACGUGUGUCCCACCAUGAGCCUGUUGCUCCCUCUCGCUGGCCGUUUCCGGGACUGACGGGCAGCUAUCCGAGCCUGUGCAGAAGGGGAGUGGAAGCUUUGGAAGAUAAAAUACCCUCCAAUGUUAUUGUGCCCUGACCUCGUCCUCCGUUCAGGCAACAUCAAUAGAAUGUGGAUUUGCUUCUGUAAUCGUGGAUGUCAGGAGCAGACUGGCUGGCUGUGUGUGUGUGUGUUGUUUUUUUUGUCGAUUCAGAAUAAUGCUUCUCAGUCUACUUUUUUAAAUAAAGCGAUCAUUACGACCGUAUCAACCGUAGAGAUGCUUUCUGACAACUGUGUGCUUUUAUCCACCUCGAUACAGCUGUUCAUUCUAACAAGCGGCAUCUUGCAAGUGUCCCAAAAAGGGUCAUGUCUGGACAGAAAUAGCCAUGUGAUGUGUUUUAAUUUUUUCUUGGCAGAGCGUCAUCCUUUCUUUCACUGCUGUUGUAAUUUCCUGAGCUUGCCUUGAGAGCAGUUCCAAGCUUCUUGCAAGCUUGAACUCUUCUGUCUUUUUUGAGGCAGCUUUUGUGAAAAAAUGCCCCAGUGAUAAAUAAGCGAUACUUUCGUCGUGGGUGGGAGAUUUGUUACCAUUUGUAAUUUUGUCUAUUUAAUACUGUUUACCAUCACUAUAAAACAUCAUACUUUACACUUUC